GGAGUGUCCAUUAGAAGUCAGCAAGGUAGUACCCACAGAGUUGGCACCUGAGGAAACUGAAGAGUCUGGUGCUGCAGGAAUCACUACAGAUGAGGUACAUAAAGCUGAAGAUGAAUCAAUUCCAAUCAUGCAUAUAAAAAUUGAAAAGGACCAACAAACAGAAUUGGUAAACGAGUUAGAAGAGAUAAGACCAGUAGCCACUGUUAAUUCAGAAGAGGGUGUAGCUCAGGUUGAAGGAAAGGCCAUAGCAGAAGACACUCCACAGCCUGAUACAGAGCGCCUGGAAGUGUCGGUCACAAACAAACUUGUUUUCACACAGGCUCUCACGGAGGUCACUCUUAAAGAAGAAAAAGAUGUUUCGGAGGAUUCGGAGGAUGUUUCGGAGGAUUCUGCAGACAAGGAGAAUACACCAGUUGCAGAAACAAUCACAUGUGAUGUUCAAGAUGUCGCUACUGCAAUACCUGACGUUCUGAAGUUAGAAUCAUCAAAUGUUUUGGAAUCUUUGAUUGGCAUAGUGGCACCUGAAGUAGAAUCCCCAGAGAAAAUGGAUUGUGUGGGUGCUCUAAGCCCACUUGUAGACUCUUCUAUGGUUCAGACACUAAAGAAAGGGGACAUGGUUGUGAGGAAGAAUGUGCCAUCAGCACAGUUUGUUGAUGGUCUUGAGAUCCGAGUACAAGUGACGGAUGCAGAGAUAAAGUCAGCUGAAGAAACUGUUGAAACAGUGCUUGAAGUUAGCUCAACUGAUGUCAAUGAUCACGAGACUCUUGUACAACAGGUGAACGCUGAGAUUGAAUCAGCUGAAGCACAUGUUGAGACAACCCUUGAGUUGGGCACAACUGACGAUCACGAGAUCACAGUACAAGUGGCGGAUGCAGAGCUAAAGUCUGCUCAAGUAAUUAUUGAGAAUGUGCUUGAAGUUGGCUUAACUGAUGUCACUGAUCAUGAGAUCAAAGUACAAGAGAUGGAUGUAGAGAUUGAAUCAGCUGAAGCAAUUGUUGAUGCAGUUUUUGUGGUCUUAACUGAUGUCAAGGGUCAUGAGAUCCAAGUGCAAGUGACGGAUGCAAAUGCUGAGAUUGGGUCAGCUGAAGCGAUUCUGGAGACAGCACUUGAGGUGGUUUCCUCAACCGAUGUUAAGGAAGUCAUUGACAUUUGUGACAAAAUGGAGGACAAAGGAGAGGGUGAGAAUGCCAUUGAGAAGAUUGAGGAGGCCAUGUUUGAAGAGGAAAGCAGUAUUAUAACUCAAGAAAUACUCCAACAUGUACAGCAGAACUCAUCAGAAGCUGACUCCAAUGUUGUACCACAAUCAAGUGAAAAGGCUGAAAUUGAAUUAACGAGUGAAGCCGAAGUUUCUAAAUCACCAGAGGGUAUACCAGUGGUGGCAGUUACAGAUGCUCAAGGAUGUACAGGUGUAGCUGCACAGGUGCAAAAUAAAAUUAACUUAUUUGAAAACUACUUAGAACUUAAUACUCAGGGAAUUGUGCACAAACCUUCAGACAAAGAAACUGAGCCCUCAAUUUCUCUCAAAGUUGAUACAGUAUGUGAGGAUAGAACAACUCCCGAGACAUUUGCAGAGUCUACUUUCGAGGUUGACAAAGUACCAGAUGACAUAGUUCCCAAUACAUUUGUAGAGUCCUGUUUGCAGUCAAAUGUGCAAGAAGUUUAUGGAACGGAGGUUGAAUUUAUUAUUGCGUCCGAAGUAGAUUCAGACUCUACCAGUGGGCAUGAGAAAGAACUGGUUGCAAUGGUAGUACAAUCAACAAAGGAAUCAGUUGAAUCAUUUGAAAAGAGACUAUCUAUUGAAUCCCAUGUCCAUAUCCAUCUUCACAUUGAACCCAGAGACGCUGGAGUGGUGUCUGCAGGAUUGGAUUCACCACCACUUGCUAUUUGGCCACCUCCAAGUACUACUGCAGUGAACACUGAUAGCUUUCUGAAAGAAUCAAUAGAAAGUGCAAGUACUACUGCAACAAGUGCUGUGAAUACUGACUCUGUUCCAACAGAAUCAAUGGAAAGUACUCAACUUUGUGAAAUCAGUCAAAUUGAGCAAACAAAUGACACUGCACCUCCUGUGCCACUGCAUACCCCUCCAGCACCACUGCAUACCCCUCCAGCACCACUGCAUACGACUCCAGCACCACUGCAUACCCGAACUGAACUAGUGGUGUGCACCCCAAACCCUGAAGCAGAAGAGGUAAUGAUGAAUGCAGAAGAGUCUAUCCUACACACAGAGGACGAGAAUGACCAAGAAGUGUGGCUGGAUGCUGAGGAAGAUUUUGGCACAGUAAAAUCCCAUGUCUUAGAAGUUCCGAGCAACAAAAUAGGUGGAGGAGUAGAGGAGAUGCUGCAGGUCAGUGAAGAGGUCUUUGAUAUUGCACUUGAGCCUCAAAGCUUUCAAUCUAUAAGUGAAAACAAAUGAGACUUCAGCCAUUCCAACAAACUGAUGUAUUAUGCUAAAAGAGUGCUGGACUACCAAGGAAUCCCUGAAAGAGAAGGUAGAAGUCCAUACACGAAUGAUGACCCACCACAACGGAGGUAAAGCUGCAUCCAUCCUGACUUCCAUUACCAAGCACACUUUUGCAUCUAGAGACCUUCUUCAGCUCUUUGGAUACAUUCACAUUAGUUGCAAGGCUAUUAUAUCAGUAUGUCUGUUAAGUACUUGUAUCUCUUUGAAUACAAUCCUUGUUCCUGUUCAUGUCAUAUUAUCAGAAGUUGGAGGUAUGAUCAUUUAUACUACAUAUUAUCUAUGUUUGAAUUAAGACAAUUUGUCCUUCCCUUUGCAUCAGAUACGUUUAUUUUACACAGAGUAUCUGAGUUUAAUUUUCUUUACUCAUAAUGUAAUUUGUGGAUUGAACAGUAGUCUAACAUUUAUUUGUAUCAACAUAUAAUACACUCACAUUACAUUCAACACAGGACAUAUUUACCCACUGCUCACCAAAAGAAUGCAAAGACAAACUGUGAUUAGAUAUACAGGUAUGUAGAUUUUUUCAGGAUCUUUCUGUGUUUUAUCAGUCUUCCGUCAGACAGUAAAUGUUUGCUCAAAUCAGCACAUACCGGUAAUAUAACAUUUGCUCAGAGAUGUGUAGUGACUAGAAUUUGUAUCACAUUGCAUUUGCGCGAAUGAGAUCAUUCCUCUAAAUAUUGCCAUUGAUCUUCAUCAUCUCAUAGAAUUAUAUAGUUGACUUACUAUAUGCAAAGUUUGCAAACUAUGCACCGCAAUGGUUAGUUGACACAGACCAAAAUACUGAUACAAAAUGCUUAUUUUAUCACUAGUUGCAUCUGAAAGACAAAACUAUAUUUGUGUAUUAGUUUUUUGGCCUGUGAACAUAUAUGUAAAGCUAUUUUGUUAACAAGUCACACAUACUGGCUUUGUUUGUCUAUAACUACACAUAUAUUUGGUAAGUUUAAUUUCAGAUUUUAAAACUAUUGCAGAACAUAGCCUUAUUGAAUGCUUAUGCAAUGUCAUGAUGGCAGCUUGUUUUUACCUUUGCAAUAGUUUCAAUAUGUGUGUAUAUGUAUUGUUUUUCUUUUGACUUCUUGUAACAAAUUAUGUAAACCUGAUAACCUUUGUAGAAAUUAUAUAUUCCUGUUAAUGUAAUAUUAACUAAUAUCUAAAUGCAAAACAUAAGAGUUGCAUGGACAUUUUUAUAUUUCAAAGCGGUUAAUGAAAUAAAAUGCUAAUC